GUUGAGCUGUUGUGUUGUGUUGUGCUACAGUUCAUGUUUUUUACUCAAAAAAUUCACAAAAGCUAUCGCUGCAUAAUCAACCGCAUUUAAUUAAAUUCGGUCAACAGGAAGCGACCGCAGGCGGCCGCGUUCUUCACAAUGAUUAGACAUGCAGUCUUCUGCUUUUUAGUGACUACAGUAUUAGGAUACGUGGACAAACAAAAUCCACCGCAAUGGAGUCCAGUCUACACAGUGAAGGGACUCCUCAACAUUCCUUAUGCUGAACUACACGAACCUUUUUAUGCUUGGUAUGACAGCAAAAAUGGCAAAUCCCGCAUCGACUACUACGGCACCAUGGUCCGGACGUACCAAAUGAGUUCCAGCGUGUAUCCCAAGUUUGGGACGUCUAUUAAGAUUGCCCCAGUAACCACGGAGUCUGUGCUCAACCAGCAGACCUGUCUCCAAGUGAACGGCAGCUCUGAAAUGGCCAUCGAGGUCCAGACAGUGCUGCCUGAUAUGACCGACUUCAAAUAUGUUGGUUCAGAAACCAUGCUAGAUUCCGACGUAGCAAAAUGGCGGAUGGUCACCACAAUCGGGGACAAAGUGAACAAAUACACCAUGUGGGUCAAGUACAAGAAGACUUUGAGGGGCGACUCCAUUCCAAUCCCUGUUCGUUACGAGAUGAAAGGCUUCAACUCCUUACUAGGGUCGCACUACGACCACUACUACCUUAUGUAUGACGACUACGACAUCGACGACAUUGAUCCCAACGUUUUCCAGAUUGACAGCAGCCUCCAAUGCACUUCGUUCCCCGGGCCCGGCACGCGGCACUACGCGACUUUCAACCCGAUGAAGGAGUUUGUUCACCCCGCCCACGAUGAGCAUGUGCACGAGGAGUUUGACAGAUUCAAGAAUAAGCACAACAGGCAAUACGCAAGCGACGUGGAACACGCUAAACGGUUGAACAUCUUCAGGCAGAACUUAAGGUUCAUCCAUUCCAACAACCGCGCGCGUCGUGGUUUCACUCUGGCAGUGAACCACCUCGCCGACCGAACCGAUGAUGAAUUAGCAGCGCUGCGCGGUCGCCGGUACAGCGGACAGAACAAUAUGGGACUUGAAUUCCCGUACACCCAAGCAGUCAUUGAAGAGGAGGCACCGAAACUACCCUCAGAGUACGAUUGGAGGCUUUUUGGUGCUGUCACUCCCGUCAAAGAUCAGUCCGUGUGCGGUUCCUGUUGGUCCUUCGGCACCGUGGGUUCCGUAGAAGGUGCCUUAUUCUUGCACAACGGCGGCCAUCUGAUCCGGUUGAGCCAGCAAGCCCUCAUCGACUGUUCAUGGGGCUUUGGCAACAACGGUUGUGACGGCGGCGAGGACUUCCGCUCGUACCAGUGGAUCAUGAAGCAUGGUCUGCCCACCGAGGAAGACUACGGCGGUUACUUGGGACAGGACGGAUACUGCCACAUUGACAACGUGACUCUGGUGACCACCAUCAAGGGCUGGGUUAACGUUACGACCAACAACGAAAACGCCCUCAGGCUGGCAAUAUUCAAGCAUGGCCCGAUAUCUGUGGCGAUCGACGCGUCGCACAAGACCUUCAGUUUCUACUCGAAUGGCGUCUAUUUUGAUCCUAAAUGCAAAAACAAGAUCGACGAGUUGGACCACGCAGUCUUGGCCGUUGGCUACGGCAUCCUCAACGGUCAGAAAUACUGGCUGAUCAAGAACUCCUGGUCCAACUUGUGGGGCAACGACGGAUACGUCCUAAUGUCGUCCAAAGACAACAACUGUGGAGUGGAGACUGCGCCUACUUACGUACUUAUUUAAAAAGAAAAAUAAGUUUAAUUUAAAAAAAAAAAAAAGAAUUCGUUUGAAUUUGGAAAGGAUCAAGUCACUUUAGACGAAGUAACAUUAUUUUUAUAAUUUAGUCAAUCAAUUUAGAACCUUAUUAUUGUCUUGUUUAAGAUAAAAGUUCUGAGUAGGCGCUAAAUGAACUAGAGAUAUUAGAAAAAUGAAUUAGCAAUGUUACUUUGUCUAUGGAUACUGAAACUUUUAGCUUUAAUUGUAUGAAUUUCUGAACAAAAAUAAACUAUCUAAGAUUUCACAGAUUAUAUCAUAGAGAAACCAUAGAUAAUAUCGCCGCCAUGUUAUAAAACUUCACAGUGUUUAUUUUUAAAAGUAUAAGCUUUAAAAAGACAUUUCCAAAUAAUAAGAUGCAUAAGUUAUAA